AUGAUAAAGAAUAUUGGUAAGAUAAAGUCAACAACAAAAUAUCGCGAAGCACAAAAAAUUCGAAAAACAUACGAGGUUUCAUCUGAAACAUUAAGACGAACGAUACAAAGAUCUUGGUACUCAGUUCGGAUGUCAACGUUGAUGAUACAGAAUCCGGAAAGCUUGCCGAGGAUCUAUUAUCCAUCAUUACUAUCUUCACAGCAAGACACAAUGGACUCAGAUCAGCUCAGAACAGGAAAUGACAAAGAGAAACUAAAAACUCGAAAGAUACAAAUAUACCCAACAUUGGAAGAAAGAGAAAAAUUAAGAAAAUGGAUGGGAACUGUGAGGUGGACCUACAACAAAGUUCUUGAAAUGUUACAAGAUGAUAAAGAUAAAAUGAAAUACAAAACAAAAAAAGAUCGUUUGCAAACCAUCUCAAUACUGGCGAGAGAUUGGAACAGGAACAGAGGAGAAUAUGCAUUCCUUAAGACCGUGAUCGUGUCAAAAAGACCACCAGAAAUAAAUCAUACCGUGAAUGUAAUCAUGAACAGAUUAGGACAUUUUUACAUGUGUAUAUCCAUUCCUUUAAACAUCAGCAAUAAUCAAGAUGGUGUCAAAGGAAAAGUGAUAUCACUUGAUCCGGGUGUACAUACCUUUAUGACUGGUUAUGAUCCUAAUGGUCGAGUUGUAGAGUGGGGUAACGGUGAUAUUUAG